AUGUUUUACGAGCGCUACAAAACGGCCAUCACCUUGAAUCUGGAAUGUUCCGGCAUGGAUCGCGUGUUGAAGCUGCUAUCGGAAAAUUCCUAUUUUAAUAGUACCUUUCAUUGGCUUAUGUUUGGGGGACGAAACUUUGAGCAAGCGACCUGUUUGCUGUCCAACCAAAAUAUUAACUACGAUACUUCGAUCACGUUGCUGUUUGACGAGUAUAAACCAGACAACAUAACUCGUUACGAGGUGUAUGAAGUUACUGGGACCGUAAAACGUCGUGGAGGUAGAAUCAAUUUCGAGAUGCUGGGAAUUGUAUCUUCAUUGAAAGAUCUACCUAGACGCGCUGCUCCGGAACGAAACUUGGAUGGGAUUGAACUGUGGACAGCACUGACGACCGCUAAUCAACAUCAGCCUCGGCCUUUUAUCGAGAAGCUGAAUUCGGUAAAGAGGCAAAAAUCAUACAGUGCUACCACGCACUGCUAUCAGAUGGUUAAGCUACUUCAAAGGAAGCUUAAAUUCAAGCUUACCGUGGUUCUCACCAACGACUGGGGUUUCGAUCUUAUCGGUAAAAAUUCUUCACAAGGUGUCGUAGGGCAGCUACAGACCAAUCAAGUCGAUUUUGGGACGACGCCAUUUGGAAUAACUGUGGAGCGAUUACCAUUUUGUGACUUUACCAUCGAAAUUGCUCGUGCAACGUUUUAUACUGUGUUCCGGCAUCCGAAAAGUUUGAACAAUAACAACAUUUUUCUGCUGCCGUUCGAAACGCUGCUUUGGAUCGUGAUCGGUGUCGUAUUCGGUGCAGUCGCACUUAUCCAAGCGAUAUCUAUCGUGUGCAACCACCACCCAGAGACAGAAUCUGUACGAUCGUGCAUCGAAUGUCUCGUCGAUCAGUCACUGCUGGGUACGGUGGGAAUAGUAUGCCAGCAAGGACUGCAUCAUCGCAUCAUUGGGAUAAGCUCGAACAAGAUAUUGAUACUGGUUGCGAUGCUAUUUUCGAUGUUAUUGCUACAGUUUUAUUCCACCUUUAUCGUAGGAUAUCAGCUCAUCACUCCACCGAAAACGAUUAAUACGCUGGAAAAGCUUGCGGACAGUAACAUCAAGAUGGCGGUUGAAGAUUUAAGCUAUCAGCACGAUUUCUUUGACCGCACUAAAAAUCCGACAGCAUUGAAACUCUACGAAACGAAGAUUCUCCCCAAUAAGUACGGGUUUGUUAAUUUAUCACUCGGCAUGCAGCUUGUCAAACGCGGAGGUUAUGCAUUUCAUUGCGAAACUUCGUACGGCAAUUCACUUAUUAUAGAAACCUUUACCGAACGGGAAAUCUGUGAACUACAGCAGGUGCAACUUUAUCCACAACGUCCCGUGCAUCUGCCCAUGAUUAGGGGCAGUCCGUUGCGCGAACUGUUCAAGGUUAAUUUACAACUGCUAAAGGAAAACGGACUGCUGGCGUACCAUCAUUUGCGGAACUACAUCCCCAGGCCAAAGUGUAACAAGCAGAGCAACAAUCACGCCGAACAGAUCUAUCUUACCGAUGUAAGGUUCGCCUUUCUACUGUUGUGCGCUGGCCUGGCUGCGAGUGUUGUGAUCCUAUCGUGGGAAUUUGCCCUCGAACGUCUUCAGCGCUGGUGGCGCCGCCGACAACAAACACUUGCUCCCACUAGCAUACCGGACGGGUUUGUGUGGCUUAAUUAAACCGACGGAAUAAUGUUCCACUGCGUGCUCGUGCACACUAUGUAACAAAACACUACUGAUAAUCACAACGUAUACUAUGAAAUACAUCACCAU